ACUGCAUCAAAUGACUCAAAAAUAAAACGAAAAAUCAAUACUUCAAAAUGCUUUUUCAUUUUGUACUUAAAAACCGCUAAUUUUGUUGCAUAAACAAAGCGAAAAUGCAAAGAGGGGAUUGCAUUUUCGAUUUCACCUCCCCCCCGCGAAAAAUGUCGCAUAAAUCAUUCUCAGUUCGCAAUACCACUGGGAGGCGGGGCGAUGACGUCAUUGUUCACUCUUCUUCUGUGGUGGCGGUGGCAUUCUCCACUGCCUUUCUUCUUCUGCUUUGGCGGUAAUACCACAGGCAAACGGCAGCAUGGCAAAAUCUGUGCUUGAACUGUUGAGGGAGGCUGCUGCUGCCCUCGAACGGCAAAACCAGCGGGAAGUAACAGCGGGUGUAGACAACAAUCCCACCACAUCUUCAUCAACAACACCGUCUGCUCCUGAGGGUCGCACCGCUCGAGCCGAAGUCUUGAGGUUGUUCAGCCCUUACCCUCCACGAGGUGUACCACGGAGGUCAAUCCCACCAGCCAAUACCAAGAAACCAAAAAAAACCACAUACACACACAUUUUUUUCUGUUUGGCAAAAAGAAAGGACUGUAAUAUCCCAAAUCCAAAAAUGAAAAAAUUGCUUCAACAGGCAGGAUUAGGAGAGAGGAGAAUUACAUUCCCAGAUCGAUCUUGUAGUGCAACUGAGUUUUCAGAUCACCUGCAGUUGUCCUUUCCUCAAUUGAAGCACUGUGGUGGGUUUCAACUGUUGAGGAGCCGUGGUUCCACAAGGUCCAGGGUUUUGGAUGUCCUUCCAUGCUCAAAGGAUGGAUAUACUCCAGAGUUCUUGUGUAACAAAGAACUUGGAGUUGGGGCAGCUGUGAUCUACAUUAGACCACUCCAAAAAGAUAUUGUUCUGGAGAACACUCCCAGUGCAACCACCUCUGUUCAGAGUACUGGACCUACGGUGGAAUGUGUCUACUGCACAGAUACAUUCACGCACUCUGAGAUCGAAGGCCACAUCGACUCUUGUGAGAAAAAACAUAACUCUGAUUUGAACGCUGAGGAAACCUCAGAGAGUACCGCGUCAGGGAGCUCUGGAAUGAGCCAACCAGGAACCUCUGAUGCUACCUCAUUAAGCAGCCACAGUCAGAGCGAAGCAAAUUACAGUAGCUUUGAAGACUGGACAACAGAGCCAAAUAUUUACAAAGCAGCCAACCUGUUUCGACAGCACUUGAUUCACAAUGCUGAACUCAAGCCAGAGUUGGUUGCAAGGCUUGAUCUCAGAACUACUGAGGAAGAUCGGGAAAGGGAGAUUCUUACCUUCUACAAGAAGCAAGGAAUUGACUGGGCAAGCCCAUUUUCUGUAGUACUGGGUGGUGAUGCUGCUGUUGGGGACGGGGUGAAACGUCAUUUUCUUUCGAUGGUCAUAGAAAAAAUUCAGUUUGGAUUUGACCUCAAUCUUGAGAACACUGGCAGAACUCUUCUGUUCAAUGGGGCUGAUGAUCACAAGGUCCCAUCUACAUCCAGAGCCCUGAUAGAUGGAGAUCUUUUCAGAGUAGCUGGUCGUGCCAUAGGACAUUCCUUUAUUCACGGAGGUCCCUCCUUCACAGGACUGAGCCCAGCAAUGCAGCAUUUAAUUGUUGGAAGUAAUGAGGAGUCUGCUGUAUUUGAGCUUUCAGACUGCCCAGAUACAGAUGUUGUUGAAGUGGUGUCUGUACUUGAGAGUAAAAGAGAACUGACUCCACAGGAGGAAUGUGAGGUGAACAACCUGGCCUUCAGCUGGGAUCUUCCACCCAUAAAUAAGAACAACAGGAGGUGGUUGUCUGAAAAAAUCCUACGUCAUGCGGUCAUUGAACGGCGUCAAACACAAAUAAAACAAAUACGCAAGGGGCUUAAAGACAGUGGUGUUUUCAACAUGAUUAAACAGCGCCCCGCCCUAGCCACAGUGCUUUUCCCAAGAACUGCAGAGCAAAUUAUGGACUCGCAGACAAUCUUGAAAAGGAUCAUCUGGCCAAUGCCAGAUAGUGAGGAUGAGGAUGAUCACGGCAGCAUGGAGGAGGCAUGCCUUGUCACAGGCUUUCUGAGAGACUACAUUGAAAAUGGGUCUUCUCAGGAACUACACCAACUCCUGAAAUUUUGGACAGGUUGGAGUAUACCUCCCCAGCAGCUGUAUGUUGAAGUGUCUUCUGACAUUUGCAUGCCUGUGGCCUCAACCUGCAUGACCACGCUGAAACUGCCUCAGAAGUGCCCAAGUUACCAGACAUUCAAAGAGAACCUUGCGGCAGCUGUUAGAAGUACAGAAUUUGGAUUUGGAAUGAUCUGAUUGGAAUGGAGUGAGAAAAUGAAAGUUCAACAUUUCAAUGCUUCAAAUUUUGCUUUGAAAUGUCAAUUUCUCCAGUUGUUUAAAGCAUAUUGUUCAAACUAAUUUAAAAUGUUAAUGGCUACAUUGAUGUUAGCAAGAUUAAGGCUUUUUUUUAAAGUUUCUAUUUAGUGUUUUAAAAUUUUGAAAUUGCUAAGGUUAGCAAGUAAAAACAACGUUUGAUACAUUUAUGUUUUAAUAAAUGUUACAUUUUUGGAAAAACUUGAAUUUGUAAAAGUUAGGAAGUGAAAACAAAUUUUGAUACAUUUAUGUUUUAAUGUUUUAAUAAAUGUUACAUUUUCUGAUUUA